GCAUCACAGGAGGCGCAUGGCGGGGAUGGUGCUGGCACGGGCCUGGAAGCAGAUGUGCUGGUUCUACUACCAGUACCUGCAGGUCACAGCGCUUUACAUGCUGGAGCCCUGGGAGCGGACUGUGUUCAAUUCCAUGCUGGUUUCGAUUGUGGGGAUGGCACUGUACACCGGAUACGUCUUCAUGCCCCAGCACAUCAUGGCGAUUUUACACUACUUUGAAAUUGUACUAUGACCAUGAUGUAACCAAGAUCUAGAGGUUCUUUGGGGAAGAUCCACCCUAUGAAGUUGGAAUGAGACUUCAUCAGAUGUCCUAAGAAAAACUACCAGAUGUCAACAUAACCAACCUUAUAAACACAAGACUAAAAUCCAUGAGUAGAACAGGAAAAUCAUCCUGACUCAUGCAUUGUGUUCUUUAUUUUUAAUUUUAAAAGAGGCUCUUGUAUAGUAGUUUUUGUCUAUUUUAACAUUGUAGUCAUUUGUACUUUGAUAUCAGUAUUUUCUUAACCUUUGUGACUGUUUCAAUAUUACCCUG